UUCAUCCACAAGAUCUAGGACCCAACUCCAUAUCCAACAUCUACAACUUUCAAGUUCUCUGUGAGGUUUAUCUUCAAGAAGAACCUACUAUUGAACUCUUCAGAGAAUACUUCUAUUUGAACCGCCGGAAUCAGUGCACCAACGGUCCUAUCUUGGAACUUGGUGGAAUUUUGAUUCAACGCCGACAGGGCGCUGUCUUUCCCUUAGUAGUCUUACCAAGCCAUCCCAAGGAUUGGAACCAAACUUGGUUUUACUGCAAAGACACUUCGCCAGCUGAUGAGAAGCCACUACCGGGUUAUCGCGUGGAGCAUCUUGACUCCAAGUUUGUGCUCCCUUACAAGCUGACUGUCGCUGAACGCAAGAAGCUCAUACCGUCCAUCAAAAGGAUUCAAGCUUUAUUGGGAAACGGCCUAACUGGAGUUGACCUGAUCCGUUGCUGGAUCGCAUGGCGUGUCAUCCCUCUGAGCCACAGAUCCAGAUUGAUGUAUAAAUAUGGCGGAGGCCCAGAUGACCCUCUGCGUCAUAGUUCUGUACAACUGACUGAAGAGGACAUUGUUGCAAUGUCAACCAUCCUCGUGAACGGAAAAUAUGAGGACUGCAGUAAGGUUGGAUUAAAUCAUUUCUGCAAACUUAACCCGGCACCAGAGGCCAAAUCAGACUUCUGGAAGGCCAAAUAUGAUCAUGAAGCCGCCAAGAAGGCUAGAGCCGCUGCCAUAGCCGGCAGGAAGACAACCCGAAAGUCCAAGAAGAAAAAGACUGCUUCUGAUAUAUUCCAACUGGAUGAUGUUUCUGAGUCGGAGGACGACACGGGGGCCAGCCAGUCGGUAGAAGAAGAGGUAACUAUUUCCUCCGACUCAGAACCUUUGCCAAGACCGAAACCUCGACUGGUAACCCGAAAAGUAAGGUUUUCACACCCUUUGGCUUAUUUGGAUCCUCAUUUUCUUUUGAAAAAACAGCAACAUGAGAGCCGCCGUCAGGCCCGGACUAAUGACGACAAUGAACUGCCCUCCGGCUUACCAAAAACUCCUCGAAAACGCCAGAAUGAGGAGGUUUCUCACUCUUCUGGUGAUUCUUCACAAACUCAAUUCCCGGCUUUCAAGAUUGCCCCUGGCGGUCAAGCAAAGUCCAAGAAAGCCAAGGUGGCUAAGCCGGUGGAAGAUCCGAAAGACCCUGGUCCUGAAUAGGUAAUACCAACUCCUCCUAAACAAUCUGAAGCACCAGAAGACCCUGCUGUCCACAUUCAAUCAGAUCCUCCUGAGCCGUCAGUUGAUGAGACCAUUCUCAAUCCGUCUACCGCUGAGCCAUCUAGCUCAGCUAACCUGCCGACGACUUUUGAUAAUGAUGUCUUAAUUACCGGUAGUCAAUUCGUUGAGCCGGGCAACCCAACUGUACUAGCCCAACACUCUGCCGAGCAAGAGGCUUUAGAAAGGCAGAAGGUGCGGUUUGACGUCUCUCACUACGCUCACCUGAAUGUUAGUGACAUGCUGUCUGGAUACCUCAGUCAUGUGCAUUCCAGCCGUGACUCGAAAAUUGAGAUGGUCAAGCAACUGCAACUAAAAUAUGAGACUGCCCUAACUGAAUUGGGUUCUCAAUUGACUGAUGCAAAGACCCGGCUGGCGGAUCAAGAGGCGGAGAUAAAGAACGCUGACUCCAAAUUCCAGUUGAGCCUCUCUGAAGCUGAAAAACUGAAGACCAAUUUUGAUGUGGAGAAGAAAUCAUGGGCCGAUGAGAAAACCUUGCUGAUAUAGCGUGCUGAGACAGCGGAGGCGGCUCUCAAGGAGGUCACCACGGAGCUCACCGGCUUAAAAACCGUGUGUCUCAGAUGGUCUCCGCAAUCUUUGGUCCAUGGAGUAACAAUCUGAGUCAAAACAGCGUAACAAAACUCAAGGCGGUUUACACCUUGGUGGAGCAACUGUAUACUGGGGCUCAAUGGGCGCUUGCUAUUAUCUCCCCAGCCAACCAAGGACCCAACCUCUUGAGUGACAUUUUGAAGAAGCUAUCUAUUUUACCCACCAGAUUCCAAGAGGUCAAGAGUCGAAUUGACCUGAAACUUCAUGGAACUUAUUUUUGGAACGGAAGCAAUCCAGAAGACUUGGGGUGUACGUUAGGGGUGCAACGAGGAAGGGAUGAGGCAGGGGGCACGCCCUUCACCCUCGUGGGCCCCUCGUGGCUCCCCUGGCGUAUUUCUUCCUCCUAUAUAUACCAAUAUACCCUAAAACCAUCGCGGAGCACAAUAGAUCAGGAGUU